AUGGUUGGCGUCACGAUUGACAAAGACAAUACCGGCGCCGCUGAUUCUCAAGAUGAGACCGCGCUACGAGUCUGGGUCGGCUGGGAAGGCCGUUGUAGAACCAUUUGCGUUCCUCGGCUGUUGGGUGGCCAGGACACUCGCGUCGCUGCAAUCAAGGCUAGACGCAAUGAGCUCAUCAAGAAACGCGCGCUGCUUGACAAGAAGGCCGACAACCAUAAUGCACUUGAUAAGUUCAAGAAGGGACAAUCCAAAGCCCUUGAGGACAAGGUCGCCGUCCUAGCCGGCCAUCUCAACGCGCAGACCCAUUCGAAUUAUGGGUUGUAG